UAUCCAAUUUGCUUUCUUUCUCUCUUAGUAGCUUGCAAUAAAUUAGGGUUUCCUCUUUAAGGGGGUGUAUGUGCUUCAAUUCAUUCUCUCUCUCUUUCAUUGGAUAUUUUGUCUUGUGAGGGUAAAAUAGCAUAGCUUCUGAAUUGAAGGAUCUCUCUCUCUCUCUCUCUCUCUCUCACACAAGGGAAAAAUAAAAUAAAAGGUACUUCCCUUUUAGUUUAUCUGAUCAAGGAAAAAACCUAUACAUACAUCACAAACAGAGAAAAAUGGCAUCAUCAAGCUCUUACAACUCUCCAUGUGCUGCUUGCAAAUUCUUGAGGAGGAAGUGUUUGCCAGGAUGCAUCUUUGCACCUUACUUCCCACCUGAAGAACCCCAAAAAUUCGCCAAUGUUCACAAGAUCUUCGGCGCGAGCAAUGUCACCAAGCUUCUCAACGAGCUUCUGCCUCAGCAGAGGGAAGACGCAGUGAAUUCCCUCGCGUACGAGGCAGAAGCUCGUGUGAGAGACCCUGUUUACGGCUGCGUUGGCGCCAUCUCUUACCUUCAGAGACAAGUCCAGAGACUUCAGAAGGAACUUGAUGCUGCCAACGCGGAUCUUCUUCGCUACGCUUGCAACGAAAUCCCUCCUCCACACCAUCAUGUCCCAACCUUGGCACCACCAUUAACUCCCACAAUUCAUCAUCAACUCACACAAAGGCACUUUGGUGGUGCAAGAAUUGGCAAUGAUCAUGGAAUUGGAUUUUAUAGGCAAUCUCCAACCACUUAUUCCUUCCCUUAUUCUCUUCCAUGGAAUGAGGACAUCAAUGGUGGAGGAGCAGAAGGAGGAGGUAAUUUAUGAUCAUGAUGAUGAUCAUUAUGAAAACUACUAUGUUUUUUGCAAUGUUGUGUCCAUCUUCUAGGGUUGGCAUAGCAUGGCAUGGUAUGAGGGUAUUAUAUAUCUAUCUAUAUAAUAAUAAAUAAUAAUAAAUAAUAAAUAAUUAUAUGGUCCUCUAUAUAUCUAUCUAUAUAGCUAUGUAUGUAGCCUCUCUUGGACUGUUGUGGCUAUGGUGGUAACUAUUGUUUUUUCUCUAAAUAAUUUCAUGAUUUGGUGGCUUUUGAAACAUGUAAUUGUUUUGAAGACCUACCAAUAACUUUAUUUAGGUAUUAUAUAUAUUAUCAUGAAUAAUAGUCUUUCUAAAAUCA